CACUGCAGUUCACUUCCCACUGACUCUCUCACGGAGAGCCCCAUGGAGUUUGUGGGACAACCAGGACCUUCUGGGGCUUGUAACCUCUUAGGAGUGCCAGGCCUCGGUACCUUGGAUGUGGACGAUGAUGAGGGCGAGGUGGUGAUCAGCAUCAGGCCCAAAUCUUCUCCUCUCCCACGGAGAAGGAGCUCUGCCUCUGACGAGGACUCAGAGCCUGAGUUGCCCCUGUGUGGCUCCAGGAGAGUGUCCUUUGCAGAUGUCAAAGGCCUCAGUUUGGUGCAGGUGAAGGAGUUUGACACUUGGGAUGUACCCAAGCUGCCAGGGUAUGACUCUUUUGAGGGCAAAGGUCAAGAUGCAGAGGAAUACUUCCUAACUCCUCUCACUUUCUCCCUCCCGUUAUCUACUGAGGAGCUGUUUGUCAAAGUACGGGAACAGAAAGUGGAGUUGGAGACCAUCGAGUUACUUCCAGGGACCACAAUACUGAAAGGAGUGAUCCGUGUCCUCAACAUCUCCUUCAGUAAGGCGGUAUAUGUCCGAACCACUUUGGACACCUGGUCCAGCCACUUUGACCUCCUGGCCGAGUACAUCCCCGGUUCCAGUGACGGUCUGAUGGACUGUUUCUCGUUUAAGCUCACCUUAGUGCCCCCAUUCGGAGAGCAGGGAGCCAGAGUGGACUUUUGUCUGCGAUAUGAGACUUCAGUGGGGACAUUCUGGACCAACAAUAACAACAGAAACUACGUGCUGUUCUGUCACCAGAGAGUGAAAGAGAGGAAAGAGAAACCACAGAAGGAAAAUGUGAACAAGAAAAGCUGCCUUAAGACUGUUGGUCAGAACUUCUCUACUGUGGAAAACAUUUCAGCAAUGGAAGCUUCAUCUCAGGAAAAUAUUUCAACAGAUGUGUCAAAACAUGGAGAGGAAGUGGACGCUAUGAAAGCCAAGCAAGUCCCUGGUGGUCAGUCAGGAACAUCAGAGGGAGCUGGACAGACAUUACUGACUGAGAGCAGACAGAACUGCAGCCGAAGAAGAAGUAGAAAGGCUGCACGGAUGGCUUGGGUGGGGGACUACUUCGCUGAAAGAGGUGGAGGAGCGAAUGACACUGAAAGAGAUGAAUCACCUCCAGAAGCAAAACAGGCAGCUCAAGAAGAAAUCCCAGAGGAAAAGCACUCAGAUGUACAAUCAUUUUCUCAGGGGAGCAGCAAAUCAGAAGGUUCUCAGUUUGUUUCUGAAUCUCUGGAAACACGCAGCGAACCCCUCCUUGAUAUUCUACAUGAUACGUCACCAGCACACGAGUAUGCAUCUAACAGCGAGCCAGAGAAAUCUGAGAGCAUCAGUUUGGCUGACUCGACCACAUUAACAGGAGGUGAGAGUGCCACAGAUAUCCCAGACAACCCAUUGCAUUCAAAUGAUGAGCCUGUUCCUGCAGAAUGCCAAUACAUCAACAAGUCUGUCUCCAAAGCUGAGGAAAACAGUCAGAAGCAAGGCAUGAGUUAUGAGUUAUGUACUAGCAGCAUUGCAGCAGAACCAGCUGACAGUGUUACUUCAGCAAUGAGCAGCGAAAGCCUCGUUAGCCAGACCAACAGCUUCACAUUUGGAACUGUGGUGGCUCCGCUGUAUUGUCAGGUGUUUGGCAGAGUGGGAAGUGAAAGUAAGAGUGUAGGUAAUUGGGGAAAUCCAGUACGGGCUCCACUGAAUGCUGUAGAUUUAACUCAAAGUUUCCCUCACACUGAAAGAAAACAGACCAGCUGUACUGUUCCAACAGAUGUUAGAGGUAACACUGGCAAAGUUCAGGGAAAUGGGAUUAAGACUCAGGAAUCAAACCAAGAAUGCUUAGAUGCCACUCCGAAUAGUCCCCCCAUUGUAGAAGAAGAAACAAGUUUGAGUGUGACAGCAAAUGACAUCCAGGACUGUGCAGAAACUCUGCAGGAUCCAGUUGAGGUUAUACAUUCAGACCAGAGACGCACAUAUGAGGUUCCAAAAACUAUUUCAGGAGACACAGUAGUACAUCCACACACUGUAAACACUUUGAAAACAUAUUUGUUAAUUCCACAAAUACCGACUGAGAGUUUACAUCUUCAGGGAGAAGCACAGGACACAGACAUUCUAAGCAAUGACCUCCAAAGACAAACCACAGCAGAAACAGCACAGGCUCAACUGCCAGAGCACACAUGUACACAGAUCAAAACUAAUCUAGAUGAACCACUUGCACAAAAUAAAACGCAAGAAGUCAUGAGCAGUCUAGAAACUUCAUUUAUGUCACUUCAACCUUCUCAGAGUGUAUCAGAGCCUGUUAGUGAUGAGACAGACCAACAGACCAGAGGUAGUGGAGCAAACGACUGUAAGUGUGUAGAUGAGUCAAACAAAGACAAUGACGUUGGCAAAACAGUAACUAUAUCAACUACCAAUGGCAUUUCAGAGGAGGUUAAACUAUUGGAAGCUUUACUUGAUUUGAAUCCCAAUCACAUCAAUAAUUCAGCUACAAAAGAAACUGAGAAUAGUUAUGUUUCUUGUUUUGAAAUUGUGGAGGAUGUCACAACAGUUCAGAUUUCUCUUGAAACUCAGGAAGAAACUAAUAAUGCGGAAGAAGGAAAUAAAAUGGUGAACAACUCGCAUACAGACGAAAUAAAACACUCCACUGAAAUUAAGGUAACUGGUGAGGUAGCUGAGUCAAUGACAAAAGCAAUGAUGAGUAACUAUCACAUACAUGGUGACAUGUUCAUGGAGCUCAAUGGUGAAGCAAUUAAUGUUUCAGAAAAAACAGAUCAUCAUGAAAUGGAAGCUGCUGUCUCAGAACAGGAGGAUUUGUGUUUAGCAGACACCACUGAGGUAAAAGACUGGGAAUGUAUGGUUGAAGAAGAGGAGAAAAACAUGUUAACAGAUGAAGAGGAAAGCAAGGCAAUAAGUUUAAAAGCAGAGGACACUGAAGCAGUGGAGAAAGACCAAGGAGAACAGUCGGAGGGCGCAGACAUAGAUACAGGAUUGGAAAAUAGAGAUACAACAGAGAUGGAAAAAAAGGAAACAAAGGACAAAAUGGUGGGGGAGAUCAGAUCUGCAAGAGAGAAAGAGAACAAAGCUGAAGAUGCAGGUGUUUCAGUGGACAAGCAGAGGAUUGGAGAGGAAGAAAUUGGGGAGAUUGUGGCUGGAAAAGAUAGGGAAGAACUUGAGAAAGAAUUAGAUUAUGUUCAAGCCACAAAGACAGAAAAGACACCUGGAGAGGAAGAACUAGCUGAGGAGACUGAAGUAGAGAAAAGAGAGGAACAAGAGAAGACAGAGUUAGAGAAAGAAGAACACUGUGCAGAGAUAAAAGACUUCAAUACUGAAAGGACAGAUUUCCAAGAAGAAGAGGAGAUAGAGGGGGAGGAAGAAAUGGAAAUAGACUUGACCGAUGACGAUGAAGCAGGUGUGGAGAGGAAGGAUCAGGUAAAACCAAGGGAGGAAAACAUAGAAGAGGAGAAUCCAGAUUACAAGGAGGAAAUUCUAGUUGAUGAAACAGGAGCGUCAGAGAUUGUAGAUGCACAGUCAGAGAGCAAGACAAUACAGGACAGGGAAAAUGAAGUGGGGUGUUUUGAGGAGAGGUUAGACAUUAUACAAAACAAGGUUGAGGAUGGUUUGUCUGCUCUGGUGAACAAUGUGCAGGACAAGAGAGUAAUUGACAAAGAAAAUACAGGAGAAGGGCAAAAUGCACACCUCCCAACUGAAAUGCAUCUUUACAAAGAGGAAGAUUUUCAAAGCAACGAGAAUGUUACACAUGACCUAUCAAAAGGAGAUGAGAACGAAUCAGCUGCUGCAGAGGGAGGUUCAAGCAUUUUUGCAGAUGAACCUGAAAGUGACCAAACAGGCCACGACAGCGCUUCAGCAGAGUCUGAUUCAGACGAUGAGGUGGAGUUGUACAUGCACUGUCUGAGGGCUGUUCACACUGGGCCACAGGCCCAUAAAGACGGGAGCAAAGACACAGGUUUUAGUGCGGGCAAAAGGCCCUCUGUAAGCAGAAGCAAACUGCUGUCCGCAACCAUGCCAUCCAUCAGUGAGUCUCUGGAUGAAGAACAACACCUCAGCCGCCUUCAGGACAAUCAUGAAGACACAGAGACAGCAGACAUCCAACCCACAGCUGCAGCUCUGCCAGUGUUAAAUGGACAGGAAAGCAUCAACAGAAAUGUUUCGUGGUGGACAGAGACUUUUUCCUGCAGCAGUAUCUCAAAAACAUUGUUAUACGCCACCUUGAUAGUGGUAUUUUUAGUUGUGGCCUACCAUUAUGAUUUUCUUGCCUGUUUUGGGCUCUACUUGAUAUCAGUGAUUUGGCUCUGCUGUCAAAGAGAGAGGCAGCCAGUUAAAAACAACAGAAUAGGUUGAAUUAAACUGUAAAAAUCUGUUUCGGUUGUGGUAUUGUUUAACAUGGACAAGGUGCUGACAUGACACCCACAAAGGUCUGUAGGUUUAGUAGAUUUAAAACUCCCUUUUUGCCACAUACUAUCAUACCAUGAUAUUUCCCUUCAUCUAAAGAUAUUUGAAUAAGACCUACACAAUUAGUAAUGGUCUGAAUAGAAGUAGUAGAAGAAGAAGAAACAUACAGUGAAUGAUAAUGGGCAUUGAUUUAAAGCAUACACGACACAUAUCAGAAUAAAUGCUGUAUAUUCCCUAUGGGAGGAUAUUAACUCUCUGUUGUCAAGAGUAUGAACCAAUUUUCUUUAUGCUUUACUGUACAUAAAACUUAGUGUCGACUCAAACAGGCUGCGGACCAUUGCUCACACUAAUCAUUUCUGCAGAGCGUUAAUGCAUUUUUUGAGGCAUAAAUGAAACUCAUCAGUGUGCUGUGUGAAUGGAUGCCACCUAAAAAUCACUGUAUUUGUGUAGAGUACAUUUAGUUUUCAUAGGUCUGGAAUGAAUAAAUCAAUAUAGACAAAUAAU